AUGAAGCAGAACUACACCGUGGUAACCGAGUUUAUUCUGCUGGGACUCACAGACCGAGCCGAGCUGCAGCCCCUCCUAUUUGUGGUCUUCUUAGUCAUCUACAUUGUCACCAUAAUUGGCAACAUGACCAUGAUUGUCCUCAUCAGAAGCGACUCAAAGCUCCACACCCCCAUGUACUUUUUCCUCAGCCACCUCGCCUUUGUAGAUCUCUGUUAUGCAACUACUGUCACUCCUCAGAUGCUGGUGAAUUUCUUAUCCAAGAGGAAAAUCAUUUCCUUCAUUGGCUGCUUUAUCCAAUUCCAAUUUUUCAUUACACUGGGGAUCGCAGAUUAUUAUAUGCUGACAGUGAUGGCGUAUGACCGCUAUGUGGCCAUCUGCCAGCCCUUGUUAUAUGGCAACAAAAUGUCUAGAUGUGUCUGUGUCUCUCUUGUUGCUGCCACUUACAUUUAUGGCUUUGCAAAUGGGUUGGUCCAGACCAUCCUGAUGCUUCACCUGACCUUCUGUGGACCCAAUGAGAUCAACCACUUCUACUGUGCUGAUCCUCCGCUCCUGGUCCUCGCCUGCUCAGACACUUAUGUUAAAGAAACUGCCAUGUUUGUGGUGGCUGGUUCCAACCUCACCUGCUCUCUCAGCAUCAUCCUCGUCUCCUACGUGUUCAUCUUCGCAGCCAUCCUGCGCAUCCACUCUGCUGAGGGCAGGCGCAAGGCCUUCUCCACCUGCGGGUCCCAUCUGACGGCUGUCACCACCUUUUAUGGGUCACUGUUCUGCAUGUAUCUGAGGCCCCCUUCUGAAACAUCUAUAGAACAAGGUAAAAUUGUAGCUGUGUUUUAUAUCUUUGUGAGUCCAAUGCUAAACCCUCUGAUCUAUAGCCUGAGAAACAAAGAUGUUAAAAGAGCAAUAAGGAAAGUUAUCCAAAAGGAAUUGUUUGCUAAGUAA